CAACCGGUGUCGUCCCAGACGCAGAGAAUUCUCUCAAGAAACAGCAACGCUCGAAGGCUCCUCGCAUCGCAUCGUCGUCAUCCUCCUCGACCUUCCGAUCUUCUCCCCCACCGAGAGCUCCACCGCGCGUACGCUCCGGCGGUUGCCCCCUGGAAGUUGCGGCGGCGCGUCCAUGGAUUUGCGAUCGCGGGGCCGGAAGCUGUCCUUCGAGAUCCUGAGCCGGAGCGACCUCCUCCGGGAGGAGGGCGAAUCCUCCUCCGCCGUCUUCCGAUCGAACUCCGAUCCCAUGCCUCUCGAUUCUCCGCGAGGCUCCGCGGUCUCGCCUCCUCGCGACAGGUCCGCCCGCCGGAGGCGGAAGCAACGGAGGAAGAAGCGGGCGGCCUGCUCGAUCAUCCCCGAGGACGGCGGUUCCUGCGGACCGGUCGAUUCCGAUUCCCGCGCGGACGGCGCCGAGCGCGCGGACGGCGUGUUUCUCGAGGACAGGAGCUCGGUUACUGGGGACGGCGGUGUCGGUUUGGGUGGGCGUGCGAACGGCGUGGAGUUCGAUUGCAAGAGCUACAGUGCGGCGAGUUUGGGCUCUGUUACUCAGGUGGUGAGUGCGGAGAGUCAGAAUAGCGUGUUUGUCGACGAGUGUAGACGCGGGGAGUUGAGGCAGAGAGCUGUGAAUGGCGGAGAGGAUAGAACAGCGGGAGGGGAACAGAGUUCGAGAGAGGAGAGCGGCAUUGAGGUGAGCUCGAUCUUGAAGGGGCGCAGUGAGCCGAAUGGUAGCGUGCCACGGAAGUUGGAGACUGCCGAGUCCUUGGAUUGGAAGAAGGUCGUGAAGGAUGAUUCGUUCGUACAGAAGUCACCAAUGAGGUACUUUUUGGAUGAAAUGAGCAAUGGAAAUUCAUUAAGGAAUACAACUGCUCUCGGAAAUGACAAAGAACGUGAGAGAGUAUAUGAUACUAUCUUCCGAUUGCCUUGGAGAUGUGAGCUGCUUAUAGAUGUUGGUGUUCUUGUGUGCUUCGAUUCAUUUCUCUCAUUGUUGACAAUCAUGCCAACAAGGAUCGCCAUAGUAUUAUGGAGGCUUAUGAGUACAAGACAGUUAAAGAGGCCUUCUGCGGAGGAGCUGUCUGAUUUUGGGUGUUUUAUUGUGCUCACUGGCGGGGUUACUCUCUUGGAGAGAACAGAUAUAAGCUUAAUAUAUCAUAUGAUUCGCGGUCAAGGAACAAUCAAGCUCUAUGUUGUGUACAACGUGCUAGAGGUAUUUGAUAAACUAUGCCAGAAUUUUGGUGGAGAUGUCAUGAAAACUCUGUUUAAUUCUGCUGAAGAACUGGCAGGUUGUUCACCAGAAAACAUGAUGGUUUACAAAAUGAGAUUCCUUUCAGAUUUGGCACUAUCCGUGGGUGCCUCAAUUGUUCAUUCUUUUAUCUUAUUAGCUCAGGCAAUUACUUUGUCAACGUGUAUUGUUGCUCACAAUAAUGCACUGCUGGCGUUGCUUGUAUCAAACAACUUUGCUGAGAUAAAGAGUAAUGUUUUCAAGCGUUUCAGCAAAGACAAUAUUCAUAGUCUAGUCUACUAUGAUUCGGUUGAGAGAUUCCACAUUACAGCAUUUGUAUUAUUUGUUCUUGCUCAGAAUAUUCUGGAGGCUGAAGGUCCAUGGUUUGAAAGUUUUUUUAUUAAUGCUCUCAUGGUUUACUUCUGUGAGAUAACUAUUGAUAUCAUUAAGCAUUCAUUCAUUGCCAAAUUCAACGAUAUCAAACCCAUUGUAUACUCCGAGUUUCUUGAAGACCUUUGCAAGCAGACUUUGAAUAUGCAAACCGAUCUGAAGAACAGUCUCACCUUCGUUCCUUUGGCACCAGCUUGUGUGGUAAUACGGGUUCUGACUCCGGUAUAUGCCGCACUUAUUCCCUGCCAUCCACUCCCAUGGAGAGUCCUGUGGAUCCUCCUCUUGUUAGCAGCGACAUACAUCAUGCUCGCGAGUCUCAAAGUGAUGGUCCGCUUGGGCCUGCAGAAGCACGCUUCUUGGUACCUCGAUAGAUGCCAGAAGAGAAGACACCACCUACACUUGGAUUGAUUUCAGCACCGCGAUGGAGAAUUUUCAGCUAAUUAUCUGCCUAGAGAAAUCCCCAUGUGGGGAACUACUCUUAAUUCACGAACCACCUCUUUCGAGUUCGGCUUACGAGAAUCCAGAGCACUGGCGGACGAGACAUACGGUCAGAUAUCAGUCUUCCAACAAAUAUGGAUACGAUAUCCGGAAAUCGUCCCUCUUUGCCGUGACCGUGUAGACAAAGUUCACAAAGUUUUGGUGUAAUUUGAUAGCUCAUGCUGUUGUUAAUAGGCUGUUGCUGCCAAAAUACAAGAUAGAAAAUGAACCAAAGACGAUGGUACCCCAUCUUCAAGUU